UUACUUAAUGCCUCCAUUAAUCGUGAUUGUGUCAAACAAGUAAUCGUAACUAAGGGGUCACAACAUCUGACAGACGCAUACGUCCCCAUUAGAAAUACUUAGAUUGGGGAGCUUUUUAAAAUAUAUAUUUAAUAAUAUAUAUAACACCAAAUCCAGGAAGGGUAUGCUGUGGGCUAUCCUGUUGAUGUGCCUGCCAACAGUAGCAUUGGCACAAGAGAUUCUACCUGAGUUUGUGAGGCUCAAUGUAACAGAACAAGCAAAAUGUAAUUCUGGACCUGGAUUGAUAGAAUAUGUCGGGGAUUGCUGCCAUUUUGUCCUUUGUGAAGAACCACGUGGCACUUCAGAACGAGGCUGGAAAUUCCCUUGUGCUGUAGGAACAGUAUGGAACCCAGAGAAAUGCGCAUGCGUAUUGUUCGAGUUAUACCCCGCUUGUGAUUAUGACUCUUGUCCAGUCUUGCCUGUGUACACGCCCGGGGUAUGCCCCCAAGAUCUCAAUAAAGAAGAGGAGUGUUGUUUGGUCGGUACUGGCCAGGUAUAUACUGCUAUAAAUGCUACCCACUACUACUUGGGGGAUGAAGAUCUUAUCCAAAAGUGUCCCGAUGGCCAGGUUUUCCUUGUUGACGAUUGUUGUUGUGAGGGUGACAUCGCGACGGGUAAUGAAAUAUAUUGUCACGAUUUCACAUUUGAUUUCGAUCCACCAAGUCUUCGGGAUAGCAUAAAUCAACAGGAUUUUGCUGAGGAAAACUUGGCUGUUUUUGUAUUUGUGCCCGUAGAAUCUCCAAUCGGCAUGAUUCCAUUUGGCCAAGGAUAUGCUCUUGAAUUUCAAUUUGGAGCCUCUAUGACCGUACCUGUGUACAAUGGAGCCUGGUAUGGUGACCAGUUUACGACUGCCUUUAGCAUCAAAAUGGAUAACAUUACGAAUGACUAUGUUGUGGCUCACAAUGGAGGCGAGGAUGGCAUAGGAGCUACGUUGAAGGUGGAGUUCAUCAAUUGCCCAGAUGGUCUCUAUGUUCUCGCAGGAGUAUGUGGCUGCGAUAGAGUGGAAGAUAUCGUAGCAAAAGUAGAUUCGAGUUUCAGGGAGGGCGAUUGGGCACACGUGACAUUCAGGUACGAUAACGGACUGGUCGAUCUUCAGAUGAUGAAGUACACAGGAGAUAUACUCACCCCUACUGCACCCCUGGUUAAUGUUACCGUCAAUGAAACUGAUGCAUUGCCCGUUGAAGACCUCAAGAAGAUUUUUGGGCAACUGAGUACACGUUCGCGUGACGAGGUUGAUAAAAUAAAGGCGGAUGUGGAAGCAUUAAAAGUUACAGAGCCACGGCGUAUUGAUGAACUGACUGAGAUCACGGAUUGCCUUGACGAGAGCUCUAGCAUGCUCGAUGAAUUCGACCGAUACCUCGAUAAGAAAAAUAACAACGGCUUCGAAAAGUUUAAAGAAACAAAGAAAACCUUACGAAAACUAAAAAACCAAUGUAAACGCACUAGACGUGGUGGUUUACCUGAUCCCGCAGAGCACCAAACUGCCCUGGAUGAAUUCGUCCGAGAAUAUAACAAGCUGAAGGAAAUUUUGGGAUCUCUCUGCGAUGGCCACCAGAAGAUUUGUGAUCUGACUGAAUCGAACGCAUUCAACAGUGGACUCCAAGGCUACAGGACGAUUAAGAAUAAAAUAAGAUACCUAAAACGUAAAGUCAGGAAGUUGAAGGAGUCUGUUGGAGUAGAAAAUCCACCUAUCGAAGGCUCUCGGGGAUUCAAAUGGGACGACUGGAUUGAAAAAUGUACUAAGUGUAUUGAAACGGCAACUGCCUUGGGGUCAUCAGGAAGAAAGAGAAGAAACAUAGACUACCAAAUAUCGACACGAGUAAAGCGAGAUGACGAUGAUGAACUAAGAGGCCCAAACAUCGUCAAACAAACUAAACACAGACUGACAUAUGGCGAAGACUUAAUUGGCAGCAUGGAUAGGAUUAUCAUGUGUCGAUUUUAUUGGCCUGAACAGGACGUCAUAAAUCUACAAGAAACUGGCGACUCAAUCGAAAGACCACCUCUGCCGAAUGGUUUUUAGCCUUCUAUUGUUAUGAAUAGAACAAUAAACCAUGUUGACACAUUA